GUCUUUAAUCUUUGUUGAGGCUAUUGAACAAUUGGGGCUUUUGGUCGAGAGGAACCUGUAGCUAGUAUGGACAAUAGUGGAAAAAUCAUAUGGGCUAAGCACAAUGAAAUUCAGACUGUUAAUAUUAGGAGUGUUGGUGCAGAUUAUGAGGUUACUGGUGGAGAAAGAUUACCUUUGGUAGUGAAAGAGUUGGGGACCUGUGAUCUUUACCCACAAUGAAAAGUGCAGCAGGCAGGUGCCUGUUGUUCUGAUUGGCUGGCACGAUUGCCACAUUGAAGCUCAAAUUGAGAGGUCUCUUGAUGCACAAAUGUUGGAAAAUGAAAAGCCAUGUGAUGCAAUACCAGCAGAAAAAAAGAAAGUAAAAUCUACUGAACCAAAUCCAAAGAAAGUGAAGAAGGAAAAGAAAGCUAAAGAUCCAAACCAGCCCAAACGUCCCCAAACUGCUUUUUUCCUCUUCAUGAGUGAAUUCAGGAAAACUUACAAGGAAGCCAAUCCAUAUUGUAAAAGUGUUGCUACGGUUGCAAAGGAAGGUGGUGAGAAAUGGAAAUCUAUGACAGAUGAAGAGAAAAAGAUUUAUCUGGAUAGAGCUGCAGAGCUUAAAGCAGAGUAUGACAAGGCUUUGAUUUCAGAUAAGGAUGUUCAAAAUGCAGAUGACAAAGAAGAUGGUUCAUUGGAUAAGGAAGCACAAGUGGAGACAGUGUCUGAUGAUGAAUAGGAAUAUCUUCUCCUGUUUAGGUUUCUUUCAUUUUAUUAUUAUUUUUAAGCGGGAGAUUGGAAAACAGGCUCAAACAG